AUGGCCAUCGCUUCGCUGCUUACCUCGGAGUGGGCGCCCGUCGCGCUCGUGGGCGCCGUGGUCGCCUACUACCUCGUGCCGUACUUUGUCACCUUUAGCAACCUGAGGGACAUCCCCGCGCCCUUCCCGGCCAAGUUCAGCAACCUGUGGCUCCUCUCCGUCUGCAGGCGCGGUAACCGCUACGAGGUUGUCGACAAAAUGCACAAGAAGUACGGCAAGGUCGUGCGCAUCGCCCCCAACCACAUCUCUGUCGCCGACGCCGGUGCCAUCAACACCAUCUACGGACACGGAAACGGUUUCCUCAAGUCCGACUUCUAUGACACCUUCGUCUCCAUCCGACGAGGUCUCUUCAACACCCGCAACCGAGCGGAGCACAGCCGCAAGAGGAAGCUCGUGUCUCACACCUUUGCCCCCAAGUCCGUCUUGGAGUUCGAGCCCUACAUCAAGAGCAACCUCGAGCUCUUCGUGCAGCAGUGGGACAAGAUUGCCGCUACCCCCAACCCUGAUGGAACCGGUCACUUGGACUGCCUUUCGUGGUUCAACUUCUUGGCCUUCGACAUCAUCGCCGAUCUCGCCUUCGGCAAGUCCUUCGGUAUGCUCGCCACCGGCGCCGACCUCGCCGAGGUCAAGACCCGCCCCGACGCCCCUCCCAUCUACGCGCCCGCCGUCGAAAUCAUGAACCGCCGCGGCGAGGUCUCCGCCACCCUCGGCUGCCUCCCCGGUCUCAAGCCCUACGCCAAGUACCUCCCCGACCCCUUCUUCAGCCAGGGUCUCCAGGCCGUCGAGAACCUCGCCGGCAUCGCCAUCGCCCGUGUCAGCGAGCGUCUCGAGCGCGGCGGAUCCACCGACCGCAAGGAUCUCCUCGCCCGUUUGAUGCAGGGUCGCGACGAGAAGGGCGAGCCCCUCGGCCGCGACGAGCUGACCGCCGAGGCCCUCACCCAGCUCAUCGCCGGCAGCGACACCACGUCCAACUCUUCCUGCGCUCUCUUCUACCACGUUGCCCGUAACCCCGCUGUUUUCCGGAAGCUCCGCGCCGAGAUCGACGAGGUCAUGAGCAAGGACGAGGAGAUCCCCACCUACGAGGCCGAGAUCUGGGGCGACAACGCCGACGACUUCGUUCCCGAACGGUGGGAGACCCUCACCGAGACCCAAAAGAACGCUUUCAUCCCCUUCAGCUACGGUCCCCGUGCCUGCGUCGGCAGGAACCUUGCCGAGAUGCAGAUGAGGCUGAUCGCCGCUACCUGGGUCAGGCGCUAUGACGUCUUGCUGCGACAGGAUAUCAUGGAGACCCGCGAGGGUUUCUUGAGGAAGCCUAUGGGUCUGGAGGUCGGCAUUAGCCGCCGUGCUCUCGCGUAA